AUGCCACUUGUCGAGAUUGCUCAGGCUAAGGAUUCAUCAAGCCGGCACCAGAAGGGACCUCAGGAUGUCAAGGCCGACGCAUUGGCUGACCAUGAGAACCGUAAUCUCUCGAUGUCGCCGCAUGAGGAAUGGUCUGAGCAGGGCGUCGAUCUUCGAGGUGUGUGGGGCAGCCGAGCCGCCCGGCUAUAUGCUUUCGGCUUCUUCGAAUCCACGGGGAAGAAGCCGGGCAGCCACUGUGCUCGGCACAGGAAGCCCAGAUGA